AGGACCCAGCCUCUCUCUCUUGCAAAAUGGCGGCCACAGCUCCCAGUGCAGCUCCUCCCGCGGCCGCUCCGCCGCAGAGUCCGACGGCGGGUCCCACCGCCCCGGCCGGGAGCGCUCCCCCCGCGGCCGCGCCGACUCCGCCGGCCGCGCCGGCCCCGCCACCCUCCGCGCCACUGUCAGCCGCGCUGUCGGGCCCCUUUCCCGGCGGCCGCGUGGUGCGGCUGCACCCAGUUGUGCUCGCCUCCAUCGUGGACAGCUUCGAGCGGCGCAACGAGGGCGCGGCGCGGGUGAUCGGGACGCUGCUGGGCACCGUGGACAAGCACUCGGUGGAGGUCACCAACUGCUUCUCCGUCCCGCACAACGAGUCCGAGGAUGAGGUGGCUGUGGAUAUGGAGUUUGCCAAAAACAUGUAUGAGCUCCACAAGAAAGUGUCUCCUAGCGAGAUCAUCUUGGGCUGGUAUGCAACAGGUCACGACAUCACAGAGCACUCAGUCCUGAUCCAUGAGUAUUACAGCCGGGAAGCUCACAAUCCAAUCCACCUCACCGUGGACACCAGUCUCCAGAAUUCACGCAUGAGCAUCAAAGCCUAUGUCAGUGCCCCAAUGGGAGUCCCUGGUAAAACUAUGGGCGUGAUGUUCACACCACUAACAGUGAAAUAUGUUUAUUAUGAUACAGAGCGGAUAGGAGUGGAUCUUAUCAUGAAGACCUGCUUUAGCCCCAACAGAGUGAUUGGCCUGUCCAGUGACUUGCAGCAGGUGGGGUCGGCCUCAGCCAGGAUCCAGGACACCCUGACCAUGGUGCUGCAGUAUGCCGAGGACGUGCUGUCUGGCAAAGUGGCUGCUGACAACACUGUUGGGCGCUUCCUGAUGGAUCUUAUUAACCAGGUGCCAAAGAUUUCACCAGAGGACUUUGAGACCAUGUUGAACAGCAAUAUCAAUGACCUACUGAUGGUAACCUACUUGGCAAAUCUCACACAGUCACAGAUUGCUCUCAACGAAAAACUUCUGAGUUUAUAAAGAAACUUUUGCCACCCUACACUUUAAGGAGCCUGAAGAGUGAGCAGAUACACUUUUCUGUAGUGUUAGAAAUUUCCUUGGACUGUAAUUUAAUGACCUACAUGGCUUGGUUUACAUCGUUAUUUCCAUUGCUCUGAAAAGUCCCUAACAUGUUGUAGGAAAUGAAUGGGAGCAGCUGCAGUUCCGUUGAGCCUGGUAUUUUAAAAUGGAAUAUGAAAAUCUUAUGUCUUGUGGAUUUGUCUACUUGUAUAACAAAAUACAACUUUAUUGUAAGAAUGUAUUUGAAAUAAAAGUUCCAUUGCAGUGGCAACAAUGGCUUCUGUC